AUUCGGCGCUUCAGCAAUGCGACGUGAAGAUCAUAGUCAACAGUGUUACUGAAACACUAGAAAAUGCUUAUACCUACGACCCUGCUCUCACACCAGUCAUUGACGAUGUAAUUUCGGCGGUGGGAUGUGUAUCGAAAGUAACCAUUGGUGGAACUUUGUGCAAUAUCACCAAAUGGACAAAUAGUAGCGUAGAAUGUGUGACUGAGGCCCAUUCGAAGUCUGAAAGAGCAGGUGUCCGAUUAGAAACAGGAUGUAAUGGAAAGGCAAAUAAGGAAAAUGCGAGAUUCCACUUUGUGGAUGUUUGGUCAUCUGUGUAUACCUGGGGUGGGGCAGCAGCCGGUUUGCCCACAGCAGGGGACAUUGUCGUCAUUCAAAAGGGUCAGACUAUUCUAUUCGAUACGGAUUCACCUAUCCUGAAGAUGCUGAUAAUACAAGGAGGAGAGCUUGUGUUUGACGAAGUUGAUGUUGAACUGCACGCUGAAAACAUACUGAUUACAGAUGGUGGUCUUUUACAGGUUGGAACUGAAGAUAACCCAUUCGAACACAGAGCAACAAUAAGUUUACAUGGACACCAACGCUCAAAGGAGCUGCCCAUAUAUGGGACAAAAUCACUGGCCGUUCGAGAAGGGACAUUGGACUUACAUGGAUUACAUAAAGACAUCACGUGGACGAAGCUAGCACACACCGCCGAAGCUGGCGACAAACACUUGAAUUUACAACAUGAGGUGACAUGGCGGAAAGGUGACCUGAUAGUCAUAUCAACGACAGGAGGAGUAAAUUCGCAGGCAGAGACUGAGGUUGUUACGAUAGAAUCAGUCUCUUCAGACAACAAGACAAUCACACUCGGCAGCGAGUUAGCCAACUCACAUCUUGGACGAUCUGAACUAGUGGCAGGCAGGCGAUUAGAUUUCAGUGCGGAAGUUGGCUUGCUUACUCGAAACGUUGUUGUAAGAGGGCAAAGCGACCCACAGUGGAAAGAAAAUAUCAAACCAUGUCCAGAUGGUUUAGAUCCAGGUAACCUUGCUGUCCAGACAUGUAACCGUGGUCGGUCCGGAGGGGAAAUGGGAAGCGACCAGUUCGGUGCGCAAGUAAUAAUUCACACAACAGACCCAAAGAAACAGGUAACAAGAAGCCGUAUUGAGUAUGUGGAGUUCUACCAUGUCGGACAAGCCUUCCGUCUUGGCCGUCAUCCAAUCAACUUCUAUAAGACUGGUGACAUGUCUAAAUCGUAUGUACGUGGAUGUGGAAUACACGACACGUUUAAUCGAGCCAUCAACAUUCGUGAUACACACAACCUUCUUAUUGAACGCAAUGUGAUCUACAACGUCAACGGUGUGGCGAUAUUUCUGGAAGAUGGAACUGAGACAGGAAAUGUAUUCCAGUACAACCUUGGUAUAGAUGUGAAAGGCAGUUCUCAACUACUGAAUAGCGAUAUCUCACCAGCAACGUUCUGGAUCACAAAUCCAAACAAUACACUGCGCCAUAAUGUGGCGGCCGGUGGCACACAUUUUGGAUAUUGGUUCCGAUUGGAGGAUAGUGUACGUUCUGAUGUAACUGGCAGCUACAGACCUCAGUAUACCCCUAUUACAGAAUUCAACAACAAUACCGCACACUCUUUAGGAUGGUAUGGCUUGUGGAUCUACCCGAAAUAUACUCCGCACGUAAUGUAUUCUUACUCAAACUCAUAUUCAUACACAUCAACCGUGAAAGCUGCGGUGAUUGAAGAUAUGCAUGUAUGGAAUUGUCGUAAGGGAAUCGAAGUAAAUGAAAUGGGAGCAGUACAUGUAGUUGGUCUUACCGCUGUUAAUAACGUUGAGGCUGGUUAUGAGGGUAAAAUUAUCUACGAGGGAAAUCUGUAUAAUGAUGACGGUCCUUUUCUGAAAGAUUCCAUGAUCGUUGUCUACGUGUCAGGUAUCCCACCACAAGGAUGUACCAACGGAGGAGCUGUACUGCCCUACAAGUUCGGAUUCAGUAUUCAUAAUGUUAGUUUUGUCAACUUUAAUCAAUCAAACUGUUCGGCGUUACGGAUUACAAGGAUUCCCAAGCGAUGCAGUUAUAACUGUGGUGGAUACACGUACCGAACAGAUAAUCUAACAUUUAUCAAUGUUGAUCAUCGAAUUUACAACGAAUGGAUUUGGGAAUCGGUGUACGAAGACAUGGAUGGCUCCCUUUGUGGAUCUCCGUCCUGUAAAGUGGUACCCUGUACCGGAACUUUACCACCAAACUGUACUAUUUUCUCAAACUCCUCAAACAUUCCUUUAUGUAAUUGCCCGGCAGAUGUCAGACUGAUCCGAUUCGCUCCAUAUUCACAAUCAUACGCCUCUUCAAGUUGGAAUCUCGUUUUAACAAACAAGUAUGGAUCUACUCCACACCAUUAUCGUUACAGAGCGAUAUAUCCGUCAAGCGGCUGGAUGACGAACUUAAUUGCCGGUUCUUCUUAUGUCUGGGAAUUUGAUGAUGGCUACAUGCUGACUAAUUUCAGCUACUAUGGCUAUUUCUACAGAAUGCAGUUCGACGACUAUGUAAUCAUAAGCCAAGCUUUGACUGGAGAACCUGACGAAGUUCAUAUAGAUGGAUACAGUCUGAUUCCUGCAACAAAUGAAACCCUUGACCCAGAAACACAUUACCAUGGCGACUGGCAAUAUAAUGAGACAUCUGGUUUUAUCACGUACUUAGUUUCCUAUAGACGACGGGGUCACACAGACGGAUAUGAUUAUGGCACCCAAGAUAUCUCUGUCUCCUUCAGUGUUAGAAAAUGCUUCUUCAAGGGAUGCAUCACUCCUACACUUGCGCCUUCCACCUACGAGACUUCCUCACCCGGAACACCUGCCUAUAUCUACUGGUCCUCGCCUACAUCAUGGCCUAACUCCUCGCUUCCUGUUGAUGGUGAUGACGUCAUCAUUACGGAAGACGAUUGGAUGGUAGCGGACACUGUGAUACCGAGGCUAACCAAACUCAUUAUUUAUGGCGUGCUUGAGUUCGACAUUAGUCCUGUAAAUAAUUCCUACCGAAACUUUACUCUGAGUGUAACUGAUAUCAUAAUCAUUGGAGGAAGACUUUUGAUUGGUUCACCAAAUGACCCAUUCCUUGGUCAAAUGGACAUUGUACUUCGUGGUCGCCGGCUUGGAGACCUGGACACUGAAGACUACCUACCUUUUACACAAAUACCUGUCAACGCAAAAACAAUAGCUGUAUAUGGAGGACUAGAAAUUAAUGGUAAAGAUAUUGGCGUUCCAUGGACGAGAUUGGCUGAGACAGGAAACCCUGGGGAUUCCUCUAUUACUCUAGCUGAUAACGUGAACUGGGGAGUCGGGGGAGAAAUAGUCAUCGGCCCAACAAGCUACGACAUGUGGGAGACGGAGAUAUUCAAAAUUACUCAUGUGUCCGACGACGGAUUGGUUCUGACAUUGAACGGUUCUCUUCGGUUCAGACAUAUUGCUCACAACGAAAUAAUAAACGGCAGAAGAAUAAACAUGGCAGCAGAGGUCGGGCUCCUUACUAGGAAUAUUCGUAUAUAUGGUGAAGAUGAUGAAACCAUGCAUAAAAACGGAUACGGAGGACGAAUAUUAGUUGGGGCGACCUUGUUCAACGAUCAGCUUUACAAAGGUUAUGCCCGCUUUAGUAAUGUUGAAUUCAUCCACACUGGGCAGGGAAAAUGGAAAUCCCAUACGAAGAAUGAAUAUUCUCUUACGUACUCUAAUGCCCAGACAGCGACGGAGGAAAAGCCAUCGUCUGUAACUAAGUGUGCCUUCCAUCACGGCUUUUCGUCAGCGAUAGCUGUAUCCGGAACUACCGGUCUUGUACUGAGCGACAAUGUUAUCCACCACUCAGUAUCUGUUGCAAUUGAAACUCAAUCUUUGAAAACGACACUACAACGAAACCUUAUCGUACUAGUCCGUGUUGAAGAUUUCUACCCUGGGGCGAUCAGUGGCAUGCUAUCCAGUGAGCUAACACUCGUAAAUAACACUGUCAGUGGUACUGACGGUGUAGCGUUCAAUGUUCCUGGUGUAGAAUGCGGUCUAUCAUCCGGUCCAUCUGGAAAUGAAGCCCAUAGUUCGUCAAUAGGGUUGGCUGUUUUUCCUGGAAACAAAGGUGAUGAGAGGUGUUAUGAAAUAUCGAACUAUUUCAUCUGGAAAUGUAGUAACAUGGGAAUAUAUUACAACAAUAAGCAGUCAGUAGAUAUUGCUGGUAAUGUUCUGGCUGAAAAUAAUAUAGGAAUAUACACUGAAGUGAUAGGCCCUAGUCCCGUGGAUCAUUUAUACACAUCGAAAUCCUGUACCGUUAAGGACAGUCUCAUCAUAGGUACAACAUCGUCCUACAACUGUACAACUGAUCAGGCUAAAUCUUCUGGUACGAACACUAAAGUCGAUGGUGGUCACGUGGGGAUGACAUUUGCCUCAUUCUUGGGAGGAAGUAAUGAAUAUUCCUUUUACGACCUGACCAGGAUGGAGACCUACCCUGCCAUCGAGGGGGUGACUUAUAUUCAGGGUGUGACAUUUGCUUAUUUCAAGUCGGCAUGUGGUGUCAAAGACGUCAUGUUGACUACAAACAAAUGGAAUGAUGAUGGACAACACCCUGUGGUAACCAGUAGUAUAACAAUAUAUAAGUCGGAAAACGACUCAUAUUUCUUCAUCCAUCGACCUAACAUUGAAAAAAUAAACCCAAGAGACUGUGUUGACAUGGACUGUGAUGGAGAGAAAAAGGCCCUUAUAAAAGACGAAGAUGGCUCCUUUCUGGGCAAAAAGGGUGCUGUCCUAUCUCAGUCGGAAUGGGAGUGGGAUGGCGAUCCAAGAAGGGGUCUAGGUGACUACAGGAUACCUAAGGAAAUGCUGACAACUCUAAACGGAGAACGUAUCAACGUUAGUAGUAUAGCACCACACAAAGGUAUCAUACGAAAUAAUCAGUGUCAUUACCGACCUGCCUGGCAAGCCUAUGAAUGCCAUGACCUUGACUAUGAGAUGCUUAUAAUAGAGAGUCUGGACGCGGACACGGAAACCCGGCGUCUGUCACCUGUCGCGAUUCUGGGAGACGGGUAUCUAGACCUCAUCAAUGGCCCCCAGGACCACAGUGAUUGUAGUCCGGACAACUGUAGGAAGCGUCUGUCAACGUUUAUGGCUAUCGUAGCCUCAGGAAAAUCCUACUCACUGUAUUUCUCCACCACAAGUCCGCAGACUCUUCGCCUUUUUUUGUUGAACUCCGUCGAUGACCAGGUAGUUGUUUUAGGGAUACAGUACUCACAGUCCAACCGCCGAGAUGUGUAUGUUGGAGAGGAUCUGGUUUUAGCCAGCAAUACUAGGGUAGUUAAUGGAAAAUAUAUCAUGGAUCGACCAUCAGUACCUGGUGAAUUCCUUCCGAAUGAGAAAUCAGAUGACGCAACUGGAACGAAUUUCUUUGACCGGAACUCCAAUGUCUUGUAUGUAUUAGUACGCGGAAGUAGUCCCGUAAAAAUAAUAACAAAUCCGUCAUUGAUUGUGUCUUUUCAAAUACCCGCAUUGACGCCUGAGGAGUUCUACGGGAAAGCACUAGUACGCAAUUUAGCAUUAUUCUUCGAUGUGGCGCCGGAGAAAGUUCGCUUGGUGAACGUCGUUAGGGAGUCUGGAAGGAGGAAGCGAGGGACAGAUGAUGCCAUGAAUGUUGUUUGUGAAAUCUCCGAUGCUCCUGCCGAAACUGUGAAUGCCACGGUCAAUACGUCCAUGUCCAUUGGAUCACUGAACACUGAUUCUUUACUGAACCUGUCAGCGAAGUUUAUUAAUGAAGUUCAGGGUGGAGGAGAUAUAGGCAAAGUGCUAAAUCUGACUGUUAGACGUAUUGCUGUAAGUGAGCCUGUUGUUGACCACGGACUUGACGCGCCAAGACUUGACUCUGCUGGGGUGAUCACCAUUCCAAAGCGUAUGAAUAUAUCUAUACAUAUAGCUUCCUCGUAUGAAACUGCACCCUUCCCCAUACAACCAUGUCUGCGCGUGUUUGAUGUACAGGAUGAACCAAUGGAAAAACUAGGCAGCAUUGGUGAUCCAUGGCGCAUCGUAGCUCACCUAGAAUCAGGAGUACACACGUCUGCCCAGUUACAUGGAACAACAACUGUGGAAGUCAUCAGUGGAUGGGCCAACUUCACCGAUCUCAAAUUAUCACAAUUUGGAGAUGACUUUAUCAUUCAUUUUAACAAGACGUAUCCAGAAAAUACCAUAAAUAUGAGUGCUGUCUCAGAACGAUUUACCGUAAACAGACUUGGUAUAAGUCUAGGACUCAGUAUUGCUACCGAUGUAUCUGUUGUAAACAACAUCACAGAAUUCAGAGUUGGGCUACUGGAUAACGCUACUCAACAACGGAUCAACAACAUCACUUGGAGAGGCCAUACAUGGACAGCAGUGGUUUAUCUUCGGGACGUUUUGGACACAACAGGAAAUAUGAAGGGAUUGAAAAGCAUGACACUUAAUCAUUCGACAGGAGAAGCCAUCUUCAAUGAUUUGGCAUUUGAUCAGAUUGGAAUCUACUUUCUGAGAUUCCAUGUGAAAUCAUUACCAGAAGAGUAUGACGUUUAUGGAGACUUAAGAGUUGAAGUAUUAAGUGAGACCCAGAAAAGCCUGCGUAAUGAUGAUACAGCUGUCACCACGAAUAUAUCUCUGACUUUCGAGGAAAAUUUUGAUGAUGUUGUAGGAGAAAAGGAAGAAGAAUUUGAAGCCAUGGUCUUUAACAGACUAGGACGACAAUUUCCUGAUGUAUAUUUUAAUAACAUGACAGUGAAAAGAGGAUCUGUAGUGUUCGAGGCAAAUAUGGUACAUCCAUCCAGUUAUACAAAUACAACACAAUCUCUGGCUGGGUUUAUAGAAAAUACGACCUUCACGUUUCACGGGAACAGAAUGAAAGCCCAGAAACUGCGUAGUGGUGGAAAACAUGUCAUACCCUAA